AUGUAAAUCAAUGAGGAGAGUAAUGAAAUUGACAGAUUAUUAUUUUUGUCAAAGAAUAUAGAAAAGAGAAAGAAGAGAAGGAGGAAUAUGAUUUUUUUUUUAAUUGCUAUGAUAACAUUUGUAUCACUAGAAACAUCAAUAAAUGGAAAAUGUUUUUUUAACGAUGAUAAAUUACAAUAUUUAUAUGUUGAUUUAGUCAUGUAUACAGGAGUUUUUGCAAUUACCUUAUUAGAAAUACUAAUUUAAUAAAAAAAAAUUGCUAAAAAAUUUCAAUAGCAAAUCAGAUUAAGGGCCAAGAUGUGCUAACUUACUAUCUAUCAAGGUUUUGUAAUCAUAAUCUUUUUGUUGAGUCUCUAUCAUAUCGGAGUGUAAAUCUACUAUUUUUUUUUCGAUUUUAACUAAAAUUGUUUUUAUUUUAAGAAUAGAAUAAACACAGAAAUAUUCGUAAUAACAAAAAUAUCAAUAUUUAUUUUAUUCAUAAUAAUUGAGACGGUUACGUUAUGCUUUUUGGGUUGGGUUGUUAAGGAAAAUUAUAUAGCAUAAUAAAAUCCUGUAAAAUUUCGGCAAAGUUCAAUAUUGUUUAGAUCUCAAAGUAAUGAUAUUGUACUACUAUUAUAUGGAGCACCGAUUAAUUAGGAUUGAUUCUUCAUUAUUUAUAUUGAUAUAAAGUGGAUUAUAUUAAAUAUUAAAAAGAUAAAUUAAAUUAAUUUGAGAGUAUAAAUAAAUAAUUGAGGCAAUAAUGUCAAUUACGUUCACUCUUAAAUUAAGAUUAAAAUAGAUAGUAUUCUAGCUUCGAUUAUCUCCUAUUAAUGAGAUAAUAAUCCGAAAACAAAUACUAUUAUAUGUUUAUUGUAUUAUAUAAAAAAGUUAAUGUGUAUGAUAAGAAAUUCUUAAUUAGAAAUUUGAAAAGUUCUGAGGAUUCUAUUUAAAAAGAAGAGAUUAGCCAAAAGGAAGAAAUGAAGAGAAUGGGAAUAUGUAGAGAAGAUGGAGCAAAAUAUAAGAAAUUUAGAUUUGAAAAUCUGAAUAAACAGAUGUAUGAUAUUGAAUGAU